GGGCUCUGCUCAAACCCGCGCAUUAACUAACCGGACUGGGAUUUAUAACAGGUUUCAUGUUUGCACGCGCUGGUUGCUGUCGGUGGUGCUGUGGUAACUUGCUGUCCCGUGGUGAACUCCGUUAGGUCGAAGCGGGCGCCUCUGACCGGAUGAUGCUCGUCGCCAUGGAGCUGCACCUGAUCUCCGCAGCCUGCCUUUUUUUGGGGAGCGUCCAUAUCACACAUCAGACCCAGACCCACAUGAGCUCAGUGUCCACCUUCCUGUUCGCUCCUCGUGGGCCUCAGAUGUUCCCCUGUUUGACAUAUUUGGAGCGUAAUGUGAGGGUAGACUGUGAGUUUCCUCCCACCUAUCAGAUCCCUGGUCCCUACUGUGAGUACAGACAGGACAGUCGGCUGGUGGGCACCACUGUCCCAAAUCAGGUCAUUUAUGUGAAUGUAGAGGAUCGCAGGAGGAGCAAUGUGAGCCUGGUCUACCCCAACCUGUGCCGCCUUACCUGGGCCCCUCUGGCAGACGAGACCCCCAAGACAUAUACAUGCAGGGUGUACCAGGGCAACAGCUGGAAGGAGAACAGCAUGGCUGUACAUCACAGAAUUCUUCCCAUCUGUUCUGCACUGAGUGUCAAAUCUGCUCCAUGGUUAAUAUUGCUAGUAUUGUUGCUUCCUUUGCUUUUACGCCCUUUUGACCAGUAAAGUCAAUUAGAAAUUGUUCAAUAGAAUAAAUUGGAGGAAUUUACUUUUGUGUUUUGGUGUUCUAAUGACCAAAUUUUCAAACAACAGAUCCAAACCUGCAACAAGAGUUUUAAAGCAGAAUAUAAAUCAAAACUAGGUCAAAUCAAGGAUUUCUCUGCUUAAUGGCAAUGUUUUUAAAUAUAUAUUAUAUAUAUUUUUUAAAAAUAGUUGCAUUUAUGGAUAGCCUUUUCUUUCAGGUUCAAUGCCCACACAUGUACCACUGUAGACUGUGACAUUCGGGUGGGUGCUAAAGCUUCUAUCAAACAAUAACUGCUGUAACACUGCCUUUGAAUAUAGGUCUAUUGGUUGCAUUUCUUUUCAGUAUCAUAUAUGUGACAGUAAAAUACAGUAUUAUCCAGUGAAGAAGAAUGAUUUGUUGCACUUUAUAGGUUCUAAAAACACUAAUCAGAUGAAAGUCCUUGUAACUGAUUUGA